UCCUGUGCUAACGUGAAAAUGGUCCAUUAUCUCAAUUUAUUUUUUGUUCUGACUUUUGCAUUUAACAUCCAUUUACCGGUGUUUGCAGGUGUGUUUGCAGGUGAUGUAAAACAUCUUGAUGAAUUACAACCAUGCGUAGACUUAUUUAGUGAUGAGAAUGAAGACGAUUGUUGUGAAUCGUUCGAAGUAUUCAAGUCAGUAGAUGAAGCUUUAGAAGACUGCGUAAAAAAGGAUUCCGUGGACCUUACGUGCGACGAUUACAGCUGCGUUUUAAACAGGAUUGGCAUCAUGAAAGAAGGUAUAAUAGACGAGGAUGCUAGCAAGAACUAUUUGAAAAGUCUAGCUGAUGAAUACCCAGAGCAGAUAAGGCUUAUACAUAGAGUGGGUGCGUUAUGUUUGAAUGGGAAAUACAAUGAUUACGACAACAGCGAGGAGAGUUGCCCUGCGAGUAAUUUCUACAUAUGCAUAUAUACAAACACUGUUUUAGGAUGCGAAAAAUGGAAGCAGACAGAUGAAUGUAAAAAAAUGUCUGAAAGCGCCAAAGCCUGUCAAUCCAUGCUACAAUCCACUAAAAAUCAGCCUAAAUAA